AGAAUUCAUACUAGAGAGAAACCUUAUAAAUGUAAAGAAUGUGGCAAAGCCUUCAGGAAGCAAUCACAACUUACUCAACAUCACAGAAUCCACACUGGAGAGAAACCUUAUAAAUGUCAAGAAUGUGGCAAGGCCUUUAUCCAUCGUUCAAGCUUCACUCAACAUCACAGAAUUCACACUGGAGAGAAACCUUACAAAUGUAAAGAAUGUGGCAAAGCCUUUAACCAGCAAUCACACCUUAAUACACAUCACAAAAUUCAUACUGGAGAGAAAUCUUACAAAUGUAAUGAAUGUGGCAAGGCCUUUAGCUUUAAAUCGGGCUUCACUCAACAUCACAGAAUUCAUACUGGUGAGAAACCUUACCAAUGUACAGAAUGCGGCAAGGCCUUUAUCCAGCUCUCGCACCUGAAUCGACAUCACAGUAUUCAUCAUGUAGAGAAACCUUAUAAAUGUAAAGAAUGUGGCAAGGCCUUCAUGCUCCUUUCAGGCCUCACUCAACAUCACAGAAUCCAUACCGGAGAGACACCCUACAAAUGCAAAGAAUGCGGCAGAGCCUUUAAGCAGCAGUCAAACCUUAUUAAGCAUCACAGAAUUCAUACUGCAGAGAAACCCUACAAAUGCAAAGAAUGUGGCAAAGCCUUUAAGCACCAUGUGCACCUGAGGCAGCAUGACAGCGUCCACACUGGAGAGAAACCUUACAAAUGCAAAGAGUGUAGCCGGGCCUUUAUCCACCAGUCAGGCCUCACUCGACAUCGCAGAAUCCAUACAGGGGAGAAACCCUACAAAUGCAAAGAAUGUGGCAAGGCUUUUAACUGGCACUCAGCCCUUACACUACAUUACAGAAUUCAUACUGGAGAGAAACCUUUCAAAUGUAAGUAUUGUGGCAAGAGGUUUAUCCAGCAGUCAAGCUUUACUCAACAUCACAGAAUUCAUACUGGAGAGAAACCUUACAAAUGUAAAGAAUGCGGCAAGGCCUUUAACCAUCAAUCAAACCUUAUUAAACAUCACAGAAUUCAUACUGGAGAGAAACCUUACAAAUGUAAAGAAUGUGGCAAGGCCUUUAUCCAGCAAUCACACCUGACUUUACAUCACAGAAUUCAUACUAGAGGAAGUCUUACAAAUUUGAAGACUGUGAGAGAAUUUUAAGGACUGCUGAACCCUAACUCCACAUCAGAGAAUUCAUAUUGGAGAGUAACUAUACACGUGUAUAAAGAAUGUGGCAAGACCUUUAAGCAAUGCUCAACCCUCAUUCCUUAUCAGAGAAUUUAUAGUGGAGGUGAUUUUACAGAUAUAAAACUUUGGCAAGCCCUUUCAUAGUGCUCAAGCUGCUUCCAGCAUUACAGAAUUCAUACUAGAGAGAAACCUUAGAAGUGUACAGAACGUGGUAAAGCUUUUGGAUUGCUCAACUUUUUUUUUUUUUAAGAUUUUUUUAAUUUAACA